AUGGCUUCUCACGGGCGAGAGAAGGCACCUCCGGACCAAGUGCAUCAGAACCAGAUCAUGUGCGAGCUGAUCCGCAAGGAGCUUCGGGCCCAGAAGCUGUACACUACCUACCACGUGAACCCCAACCGCAAAGUUCACACCAUCACCAGGAAGCCUAUGUCCUGGCAUGAUAAUGUGGAGGAACCUGCAGAUGCCAAGUUCCUUAACAUCAUUCACUAUGCCGCCCAGGGACCCAAGAAGAAAUACUCGGAGCCCCAGACAGAGAGCCAGGAAAUUGGCUGGGACUCUGAGCCCUUGAUCCCCAGCGAGCGCACGGACACCAGGAUCAAUUUUUUCCGCAGCUACAAGGACAUCACAAAGUACAUGGCGGAGUUCUGGCGCAUCAAGGCCAGGCAAAGCUCAGACUAG